AUGUCUAAUCAAGAUAUUAAUAUCGCGAUCGAUGAAUCACCAUCUGUUGAAGAUGGAAAUAAAUUGUUUCAAGAGUUGGAAAAUCAAGUCAGAGAACUUAGCCGAUCAAAGUUAUUUAGAGAGAUUGUAACUGAUUUUGGUGGUGAAGUAGAUAUUGAACUUGGUGAAAAAUAUAAAGAGAAUGAAGAUGACUUCAAACUCCGUAAAUACUUUGAAAACUCUCAGAGAAUGAACUUGGAAAUCGGUGGAAAACCAAAGAAAAUGGGAGUUUCAUUCAAGAAUCUAACUGUAGUUGGCCAGGGUGCCGAUAGUUCUGUUAUAGCCGACAAUUUCACACCAUUCAAAUUUUUAUUAUCUGCCUUAAAUCCAUUUAAUUUUGUAAAUGGUUUUAUUGAAGAUGGAAAAAUGUUAUUGGUUUUGGGUCGUCCAGGGUCUGGUUGUUCUACUCUACUGAGAGUGAUAUCCAAUCAAACCGAAUCAUAUAUCGACGUAUCAGGUGAACUUAAAUAUGGAAAUAUUCCAGCCGAUGAAUUUGGAAGAUAUAGAGGUGAAGCCAUCUAUACACCGGAAGAAGAUAUCCAUUUCCCGACACUCACAGUUUUCGAGACACUCGAUUUCACAUUGAAACUUAAAACACCAAGCCAACGUCUACCAGAAGAAACAAAGGCAAAUUUCAGAUCGAAAAUAUAUGAUCUUUUAGUUGGAAUGUAUGGUUUAGUAAAUCAAAGAAAUACAGUUGUUGGAAAUGAAUUUGUUAGAGGUUUAUCUGGUGGUGAAAGAAAGAGAAUGACUAUUGCCGAAGCAAUGGUUUCAGGUUCAAGUAUUACCUGUUGGGAUAGUUCAACUCGUGGAUUGGACGCUGCAUCUGCAUUGGACUAUGCCAAAUCAUUGCGUAUCAUGUCUGAUACUCUUCACAAGACAACCAUCGCUUCAUUCUAUCAGGCAUCUGACUCGAUUUACAAUCUUUUCGAUAAGGUAAUGGUUUUGGACAAAGGUCGUUGUAUAUAUUUUGGUCCAAUCGGACUUGCCAAACAAUAUUUCUUGGAUCUCGGAUUCGAUUGUGAACCAAGAAAAUCGAUCGCUGAUUUCCUCACUGGAAUCUCCAAUCCACAGGAGCGAAUUGUUCGUCCCGGUUUCGAAGGUCGUGUUCCAGAGACAUCGGGAGACUUAGAAACCGCCUGGAAAAACUCUUUUCUCUUCAAACAACAGAUGGAAUCGCAACAGAUCUACGAAGCAACCGUUGAGAAGGAGCAGCCAUCCUCUGACUUUAUCCAGCAGAUUCGUAAUGAAAAGAGUAAGACCGCAGGUAAGCGUUCUCCAUACAGUGCCAGUUUCAUAACUCAAUGUAUUGCACUCACCAAACGUCAGAUGCAAUUGAGUUACGGUGAUAAAUUCACUAUCGUAUCGCUUUUCCUCACUGUUUUCAUUAAUUCAUUUAUUCUCGGUGGUGUCUAUUUCCAGAUGGACAGAACAACCGAUGGACUUUUCACAAGAGGAGGUGCCAUUUUCUCCUCAAUCAUAUUCAUGUGUAUUUUGACCAGUGGUAAUCUUCAUGCGACAUUCAAUGGUCGUCGUAUCCUUCAGAAACACAAAUCCUAUGCUCUCUACAGACCGUCGGCAUUCCUUAUUUCCCAGGUGCUCGUUGACAUUCCAUUCGCUUUCGCUCAAUCUUUUCUUCAUGCAAUCAUUGCCUAUUUUAUGUAUGGUCUUGAUUACAAUGCUGGAAAGUUCUUUAUUUUCGCAUUUACUCUGGUCGGUGUCACUCUGGCUUGUGGUUCGUUGUACCGUGCCUUUGGAAAUUUCACUCCAACUUUGUUUGCCGGUCAGAAUGUAAUGAAUUUCGUUUUCAUCUUCAUGGUAAAUUAUUUUGGUUAUACCCAAGCAGUUACUAAAAUGCAUCCAUGGUUCAAAUGGUUUUACCACGUCUCACCAUUGUCCUAUGCAUUCCGUGCUCUAAUGACAAAUGAAUUCAAAUCAAUCGAUUUCUCAUGCGAACAAUCAGCAAUUCCUUCCGGUCUAAGCUACACUGACUCUGCACAUCGUAUUUGUCCAGUUCCAGGUGCUGUUGAAGGUCAUUUGAGUGUCAAUGGUGAAUCUUAUAUUCUCGACUCGUUCGAUUUCAAAGUUGAACAAAGAGCACUCUAUGUCGUAGUUGUCUAUCUUCUCUGGUUGUUCUAUAUCUUGUUGAAUGUUUUCGCUGUUGAAUUCUUUGAUUGGACUGCCGGUGGAUACACUCAGAAAGUCUACAAAAAAGGAAAAGCACCAAAGUUGAACGAUGUCGAAGAGGAGCGUAAUCAAAAUAAAAUCGUUGAACAAGCUACCACCAACAUGAAAGACAAUCUCAAGAUUCAAGGUGGAAUCUUCACUUGGGAGAAUAUCAAUUAUACAGUCCCCAUUCCAGGUGCCGGUGAAAAGUUGUUACUCGAUGAUGUUCUCGGUUGGAUUAAACCUGGACAAAUGACUGCUUUAAUGGGAUCAUCAGGUGCCGGCUUGACUGUUCGUGAGGCAUUGCAAUUCUCAGCAAAGCUCAGACAAGAGCCAGAGGUACCACUCUCAGAGAAAUACGAAUAUGUCGAGCGUGUUCUUGAAAUGAUGGAAAUGAAGCAUUUGGGUGAUGCACUGGUUGGAAGUUUGGAAAAUGGAGUUGGUAUCUCUGUCGAGGAGAGAAAGCGUCUCACCAUUGGAUUGGAGCUAGUUGCCAAACCACAUAUUCUUUUCUUGGACGAGCCAACUUCUGGUCUCGAUGCACAAUCGUCAUACAACAUCAUUAAAUUCAUUCGUAAGCUUGCCGAUGCUGGAAUGCCAUUGGUCUGUACAAUUCAUCAACCAUCGCCAGUAUUAUUCGAGCAUUUCGACCGUAUUCUCUUGUUGGCCAAAGGUGGAAAAACCGUUUAUUUCGGUGAUAUCGGUGAAAACUCUCAAACUCUUGUCAAUUAUUUCACAAAGAAUGGUGGACGUGCAUAUGAUUCAACUGAAAACCCAGCUGAAUAUAUUCUCGAUGUUAUUGGUGCCGGUGUACAUGGAAAGACCGAUUUCGAUUGGAGUGCAAUCUGGAAGAGUUCCACCGAGUACAACCAAGUGAAAUUGGAACUUCAACUCUUGAAAACCAGAGAGGAACUCGUCAAGUAUAUUAGUCAUGUCGACGAAGAUCCAAACAAUUCCAAGCCACCCAGAGAAUUCGCCACUGGAUUCCUCACACAAUUCAUUGAAGUCUACAAACGUUUCAAUUUAAUCUGGUGGAGAGAUCCACAAUAUACGAUUGGAUCGUUUGCACAAUCGUUGGUUUCCGGUCUGAUUAUUGGAUUCACCUUUUAUCAAUUGGAAAACUCAUCGUCCGAUAUGAACCAGAGAAUAUUCUUCUUGUGGGAAGGUAUGGUUCUCGGCGUAUUGUUGAUUUACUUGGUAUUACCGCAAUUCUUUAUUCAAAAGAGUUUCUUCAAGCGUGAUUACGCCAGCAAAUAUUACUCAUGGCACAGUUUCUCAUUGGCGAUCGUCGCCGUUGAAAUGCCGUAUGUCAUCAUCUCAACAACGCUUUUCUUCUUUGCAUCCUACUGGACUGCCGGUCUCCAAUUCGAUGCGAUCACCGGAUUCUACUUCUGGCUGAUUCACUCGAUGUUUGGACUCUACAUUGUCUCGUUCAGUCAGGCAUUGGGAGCAGCUUGUUUUGACAUUGCAAUCUCCAUUGCAGCACUGCCAAUUCUUUUAUUCUACAUCUUCUUGUUCUGUGGUGUGCAAAUUCCAUAUUCAUUGCUACCGUCGUUCUUCCGUUUUAUGUACAAUCUCAACCCAGCAAAAUACCUAUUGGAAGGUAUUGUCACUACCAUCUUAAAGCCAGUGGAAGUCAUCUGUAAACCAGAGGAUCUCAUUAGAUUCACAUCACCAGACGGACAAACCUGUGAGCAAUACACCGAGCAAUUCACCCAGAAUGCACCAGGUUACGUAGUAGCAAUCAAUAACAAUCAAACCGAAUGUGGAUAUUGCAUCUACAAAAACGGUGAAGAAUACUAUGAAACUUUGGACUGGCAUUACGAAAAUCGUUGGAGAAACUUUGGUAUUCUCGCUGCUUAUUGGGCAUCAUCCAUUCUCUUUAUCCUUGCAUUUGUUUACUUAACCAAAAAGGCAAGAAGAUAA